GAGGCAUAAACCUGAGGGUCGACGAAUGGAAGAAACUGGUAGAAGUAAUGCCUGCCAUCACCGAGGCUGUGGAAGACAUGGAGGAUUUUUCUUUCCAACGGGAUCAAGGAAGCAAGAAGGUGAAACGUGACAGCGAUGCUCAGAGUGAUGAGGCUACGCCAGAUCCGGGGGAUGGCUUUCCAUGGGGGUAUACGGGUGACGCUGUACCAUACACCAAGCCCAGCGGGACACCGGAGGAGGAGAAGGAACGUGAGGCCUGUAAAGACCUUGCAUUCAACAUUAUUCAGGCGAUAUUCGUUCCUUGCAUUCUUAAGAAAGUAGAUGAAAUUUGUAGGGAACAAUGCUAUGGAUGUAAUCUGCCAAUAGAGAAAGACUUCACCCAGAAAAACCACGAGUGUAUAAUGUUGGACAUGUCUGAAAAGGUGGAAAAGUUCUUUGAUCGUGCUGUAGAUAACAUUUUAGAAACUGAGUUAGGGAAAUGUAGAUCCGAGUGGAAUUUAACUGCUAAAGACAACAAUCGGAUUGUUUCAUACUAUUCGACUAUUCAUGCCAGAAAUCGUCUUUUUACCAAAUAUGUUAAUAUGCACGUCGAAAAGAAAGUCGAUGAACCUGAAAAUGGUAGAGCCGUUUUGUACAACAUUUGUCAUGCUGAUAUAUGUUUCCAACAACAGAUGUUGGUUUAACUGUUAUGUUUACAUUCCUUAGGGAAUCGCAACAAGAAUUCAAUU